AUGGAGUUGCGCACUAUCGAAUCCCUGAAUCUACAUUCACACCCGUCUGAGAUUGAAGAAUGGUUCGAACGUUUUGAACUCUGGUGCAGCCUACGGCAUAACGGAAAACGGGAUCAAUCCAUAAUAUUCCUCAUGGUGGGUGGGAAAGAAAUGUAUUUUUGGCUGAAGAAUCUCGCUUUCCCCGACAAUCCGACCAAGCUACCAUUCCCGAUACUGAAACAAUUGCUUCUUGCCCACGUGAUUCCUGUUGAUUUCCAAGCUACUGAGAGGGUAAAAUUCAAUUCGUUAGUUCGUGCCGAGUCAAUGCCCUGUCGAGAUUUCAUCCUUUUGCUCAACAACCAGGCUUCCAAGUGUAAAUAUGGAGACAUACUGGAGGAGCAAUUGUGUGAUCGCCUUACUGCAGGCAUUAAAAAUAUGAAUCUCCAGAGAAAGUUGCUGGAAAAGAAAGAUCUGACAUUUUCCGAUGCUCGGAGGAUAUGUGAAUAG